UUGUAAAGUGCGCCAUAUAUUCGCUAUGCCCCUUCAGCCUCCUGACUGCUUUAUGACCUCCAUGUCAGGGUUCAAAGCAGGGGCAUCUUAAAGCAGCCUGCGGGUCGGACUCCUGCUCCUCUUUAGCGGUGUUUCGGGAAUUGAGGAAUGGGAAGUGCAGAAUUCCUGGACAGGAUGUGGAGUCACUGCUGUAAUGUAAGAUACAGCCCCCUGUCUCCAUACUGACACAGAGCUGGCUCGCGGCUGCAGGAGUCCGCAUCUGGAGAAGACUUCUAGCAUCUGGAUUGAACUCGCUGUCUCGAUCUGCUUUUACUAAACACAAGUCUCAUCCGGACUCAGGUGAUAAUGACUCACAUCUGGAUCUUCCUCCCAGCCCUGCUGCUGCUGGUGCAGUCAGCAGCUGACCCUCUUAGUAGCCCCGAGGAAAAUGACAAUGAAGUCCUGAAACACAUAGAGUUGGAGCUCCACAAGAGCCAGGAGACUGAAAACGCCAUAGGAAAUCUUAGUGCAACAAAGAGCAACACACCUACAACUUCAGCAGCACCCUUGACCACCACAGUUUUGAGCCCCAGUCCUGUUCCUGAAUGUCCAGGAAACCAGAUGAAGCCUGAGAACAGCACAGACUGCGACUGUCCAUCUGGCAUGGUGAAGGAUGGAGACCACUGUACGUGCCCUGUUGGCUUCAAUAUGGAGGAAGCUGCAGGCUGUAAAGAUGUCAACGAGUGUGAAGGAGAGGAACCGGGACCAUGUGGUCUCCAUGCCAGCUGCUCUAAUACCCCCGGCUCUUACUUGUGUAGCUGUAUCCGUGGAUACCUGAUGGGUGUUGGAGGGUGCCAGGACGUAGACGAGUGCGCUCUGGCUGCAGUGACUGGCUUGCAGGCCUGUCAGGGGGAUGCAGAGUGCUCAAACACCCCCGGCUCCUUCACAUGUUCCUGUCCUCGUGGAUAUGUGAUGGCACUUAAUGGACGGAGCUGUGUAGAUGUGGAUGAGUGCAGCUUCGAGGAGCAGUGCCGUCAUGAGCUGGGAAACGUGUGUGUGAACACCCCUGGUAGCUUUGUGUGUCAGUGCCAGCCAGGCUUUAAAGCAGAAGCUCCCGCCUGUGUUGGUCCUGUGUGUCCAGGCUACACUGUGUGUCAAGAUGUAGAUGAAUGUGCGGAGAGUCCUUCGUUGUGUGAUGGUCAGGGUGUGUGUGAAAACACGCUUGGGAGCUACAAGUGUGUUUGCCAACUGGGUUACCGGGGAAACGGCACACACUGUGAAGAUGAGAAUGAGUGUGCAUCAGGCGGUCACGGAUGUGACACCAACGCACGUUGUGGUAACAUCAUUGGCUCCUAUUUCUGCCAAUGCUACCAAGGCUUCAAUGGAGAUGGACACUCUUGUUUUGACAUUGAUGAGUGUGCUGUAAACAACGGCCACUGUGAACACAACUGCUCCAAUGAACAGGGAGGGUACAGCUGCCAGUGUUGCUCAGGCUACCAGCUGGACCAGGACAGACACAACUGCACAGAUGUGGAUGAGUGCUUGGCACAGAAUGGAUCCUGUGAGCACAUUUGCAUCAACACUCAGGGAUCGUUCCAGUGCUCCUGCAGGCCGGGAUACCAGCUGCACAUUGAUGGUCACACCUGUGUGGAUAUUGAUGAAUGUAAACUUCAGAAUGGUGGUUGCUCUCACACCUGCAGCAAUUCUCCUGGAGGACACACCUGCCACUGCCCUCCUCCUCUGCUGCUUGACACAGACAACCUCAGCUGCACUAAUUUAACAUCUUGCAAUCUCAGAAAUGGUGGCUGUGAUCAUGUAUGUGCAGUGUGGGCUGAGGGACAGGUCCAGUGUAGCUGUCGAACAGGCUGGAAGUUGGGCGAGGACCAGAGGAGCUGCCUGGAUGUGAACGAGUGUGGAGACUUCACAAAUGGGGGCUGUGAGCAGCUCUGUUUGAACCACCCAGGUGGAUUCAACUGCACCUGCAGGGACGGGUAUCAAGUCCGAACUGAUGACCUCACUAAGUGCCAGCCCGUGUGUGACCCUCCCUGUCAAAACUAUGGAGUGUGUGUGGCGCCUAAUAGCUGUGACUGUCCUCCAGGUUACCCUGGACUGGGCUGCUCAGCCAUCUGCUCCCCACCCUGUGCACAUGGAGGCACCUGUAUGCGCUGGGACGAGUGUCUUUGUCCUCCUGGCUGGGCUGGAGCAGGCUGCCACACAGCGGUGUGUGAGCUGCCCUGUGCUAACAGUGGACGCUGUGUGAGGCCUAACACCUGCCAGUGUCCCUCUGACUACAAUGGCCCACAGUGCCUUUUGCCCCUGUGCACUCCUGCCUGUCAAAAUGGGGGAAGAUGUGUAGAUGUCAACAAAUGCACAUGUGUUGGUGGAUGGCGGGGUGCUCGUUGCCAGAUAGAGCCUGUCCAGUGUCAGAAACCUUGUCAGAACGGUGGAGUUUGUGUGGGCCUCAACAGGUGCCAGUGUGUGAAAGGAUUUACUGGAGGUCUAUGUGAAACAGCAGUGACUAUCCCUUGUGUACCACCCUGCCAACACGGGGCCACCUGCAGUCCUCAUAAUACCUGUACCUGUCCUGAGGGCACUGCAGGCCUGCGCUGUGAGAAACUGACAUGUCCAGUCGUCACCACUGUGGUCAGCAUGGCUCGAGCAGUAAGAAAGGCAUUCAAGGAGAGUUAUGUUGACCGGUGUGGACCCCUUGGAGUUCAGCUUUGCACUAAAUACAGGAUAAACCAGGCACGUGUGUACCUGCAGGCAUACAGAGUCGGUUACAAAAUCCAGUGUCCACAGAGGAAGGGCAGGUGAACUAUGUGCUUUGAAUCAGUGGACAACAUCUGGGCAACAAUUUAGACAAUUAAAGCCUGUCUCUACACAUGUUUCUACCAUCCCAAAACAUUCAAAGCAUGUUGUGACUCCUCUGACAUCCGUUUCACGCUUUAAGCCUCUAUUUGCCUAAAGCAUGCUUUGGACAUAUCCUUAAACAUACCUCCAAAUCAGUUUUAUACACAAUAAAAUGCUUUCAACAUCGUAAUAUCGAUAUUUCUAGCUGAGGAAAUGUUUGGUGUCAUUAUUUGUCAUGUUUGUAUAAGGCAGCUAAAAGGUAUUAAAAGUAAGUUUUUGUCAUUUUACAAAAUGGUGUCACUUGUGAACAUUGUUUAACAGUCAUUGAACUGUUGUCAAGGAUUGUCUUUUAACAAUAUAUGCCAGUUUAAGGCCCUACUCAAAAAUAGGGCGUACUUCAUCGUAUAGUCCCAAUAAAGAUAACGUGUCACAAA